UUAUACAACAGGAGUCACAGCUCGGCCAUGAGGAAUCACACGCAAGUGACUGAGUUCAUCCUCCUAGGGCUCACAGACGACCCGGACUUGCAAGCGGUGAUUUUCCUCUUCAUGUCUACCUCCUACGUACUGAGUGUCACCGGCAACCUGACCAUCGUCACCCUCACCCUGCUGGACUCCCGCCUCCACACCCCCAUGUACUUCUUCUUGCGCUGCUUCUCCUUCCUGGAGAUCUGUGUCACCUCUGCCUGCAUUCCCAGAUUCCUGGCUACCAUUGUCACGGGGGAUAAGACGAUUUCCUACAACUGCUGUGCAACUCAGCUAUUUUUUGUCAUCCUCUUGGGAGUGACCGAGUUCUUCCUCUUGGCUGCCAUGUCCUACGACCGCUACGUCGCUAUCUGCCGGCCGCUGCACUACAUGACCAUCAUGAGCCAGAAAGCCUGCACCCUACUGGUCCUCUGCUCCUGGCUAAUCGGGUUCCUGUACAUCUUUCCUCCUGUUAUCCUUGGCCUCCAAUUGGACUUCUGUGGCCCGGUAGACAUUGACCAUUUCUUAUGUGAUGUCUCCCCCCUUCUCCUGCUCUCCUGCUCAGACACCGGCUUCCUGGAGCUGAUGGCUUUCAUCUUGGCCAUGGGGACACAACUGGUCACCUUAAUGCUAGUGGCCGUGUCCUACAUGGCCAUCACCCGCGCCAUCCUGAGACUGCCCUCCGCUCAGCAGAGGAAAAAGGCCUUUUCAACCUGCUCCUCCCACAUGGUCGUGGUCUCCAUCACAUACGGGAGCUGCAUCUUUAUGUACAUCAAACCGUCUGCCAGGGACAGGGUGGACUUAAACAAGGGUGUAGCCGUGCUCUACACUUCCGUGGUCCCCAUGAUGAACCCCUUCAUCUACACCCUACGAAACCAGCAGGUCAAGCAGGCCAUCAGGGACCUGGUGCACCGAGUUGAAUUUUCCGCCAAGGGGAGGUCUCAGCCCAUGGUCGCCUGUCCAGGUAUUGAGCGCGAGCUGUUGACAUGGUCUCUUCAUUUCACCGGGUCCUCCUCACCCACGAAGUCACCGGAGUCUGUCUACUUAACCAUGAGGAGAGAGAGGAAAGUCCCGCGCACGGAGCCUUUGCUGCCGGGGGGCGUCUCCGGGCUGCCGUGGUCUCUUUUUGCCCGCUCCAAAUCCGCGGAGCGGGGGUUCCAAGCUGUCACCGCCGUGGACCUCUCACUGCCCUUCCCCUACCGCUCUCCCUUCUACCCUGCUGCACACCCAGAGAGUCUGAGCUGCCGCUGCUUUGGAGCCUCACCCUCGUCUGCAGGAGGCUCACUGCCCGAACGUGACUCCCCCGCAACCCCCAACCCCAGUCUCAGAGGAUGCCGAAACUUCGGCAUUGUUGGGCAUAGAUGGAAUCACUUGUCCAAUGGCGAUGGGAGGGAGAGGAAGCGAGCAGGAUCUGGAGAGGUGCAUAACCUCAAUCUGUGGAAGACUGCAUCCACCUUCCCUCGAUCCCUGCACUCCCGGAACCAGUGA